CUUCCCUACUCAAAAUCUGUCGUUUUGCCAUCAUCUCGGUUCCUUCACUCCAUAAGGUGUGGCUGGUUUUCUAUUUCUGACUACGCUGAUUGCGUGAUGCUGCGAUUGCUCUAAGUGACAUUUUCGCGUCGCGCGUUUCAAGAUGCAUAUCAAGCAAAUCAUCAUCCAAGGCUUCAAAAGGUAAAUCCUUCCUGUUGAGAUGCCACUUUAUUUUUUACCGUAUGAUGAUGUCUUAUACUAAUAUUAUUGCGUGAAUAGCUACAAGGAUCAGACCGUGAUUGAGCCUUUCUCCCCCAAACAUAAUGUCAUUGUCGGCCGCAACGGUUCUGGUAAGAGUAACUUUUUCGCGGCUAUUCGCUUCGUUCUUAGCGAUGCCUACACGCAUAUGGGGAGGGAAGAGCGACAGGCCCUGCUCCAUGUAAGUUGUAUCUUCUCAGCUGUGGUUCGUCCGGUUACUUACUUUGAGCAGGAAGGGUCUGGCUCAGCCGUCAUGUCGGCCUACGUCGAAAUCAUCUUCGACAAUUCGGACGAUCGAUUUCCAACGGGAAAACCGGAACUAGUUCUCCGUCGUACUAUAGGGUUGAAGAAAGAUGAAUAUACUUUGGAUCGCAAAAAUGCAACGAAGGCUGACGUGAUGAAUCUUUUGGAGUCAGCUGGUUUCUCACGAUCAAACCCUUAUUAUAUCGUCCCCCAGGGCCGAGUUACUGCGCUGACCAAUAUGAAAGACUCGGAACGUCUUAAUCUUCUCAAGGAAGUGGCUGGAACACAAGUAUAUGAAGCGCGCAGGGCGGAGUCGUUGAAGAUCAUGCACGAAACCAACAGCAAGCGAACGAAGAUCGAUGAGCUCUUAGAUUUCAUCAAUGAACGGUUAUAUGAGCUGGAAGAGGAGAAGGAUGAGCUCAAAAACUAUCAGGAAAAGGACAAGGAGAGGAGGUGCCUGGAAUACACCAUCUACUCUCGUGAACAACAGGAGAUAGCUAGCGCGUUGGAAAAUCUCGAGGAGCAAAGACAGACCGGCGUCGAGGAUACGGAUCUCAACCGCGAUCGCUUCAUUGAAGGAGAGAAGGACAUGGCAGAUAUUGAUGCGGAAAUCGCAGAAUGCAAGCAGCAGAUUGAGUUCCUCAGGGUGGAUAAGUCCCAACUUGAAGAUGAACGCCGCGAGACUUCCAAAACACUUGCGCAGAUCGAACUCCAAGCAAAGUCACUUUCAGAUAACCAGUCGGCUGCUCAAUCUGCGAAGGCGCGCCGUGAUGCAGGUUUGAAGUCGGUUCAAACUGCAAUUCAGGAGCGCGAGGCCGAACUGAAGGAACUGGCCCCUAGCUUUAAAGCCGCAAAAGAGCAGGAAGAUAGUGUGAGAAUGCAACUAGACGAAGCAGAGACGUCUCGUCAACGAUUAUAUGCCAAGCAGGGUCGCAACUCGCGAUUCAGAAACAAAUCGGAGCGUGAUCGAUGGUUGCAGGCGGAAGUUAAAAAUAAUCACGUAUCCAUCUCCACAGCCCAAGCGGUAGUCGCGCAGACGCAAGAGGACAUCAAGGAGCUCGAAAGUGAAAUCGCUCUUCUCGAGCCUGAGGGUGAGCGCUUGCAGAAACAAAUUGAUGGUAGGGGAGACGCCAUGCAGACUCUGGAGCAGCAAAUCCAAGGCGCAAGAGAUGAGAGGGAUCGGUUAAUGGACCAGAGAAAAGAGCUCUGGAGAGAAGAAGCGAAGCUCGACUCCAUAUUGUCAAAUGCCUCAAGGGAAGUCGAACGAGCGGAGCGCAACCUUUCUCACAUGAUGGAUCAUAAUACGAAUCGCGGAAUUGCAGCUGUCCGCAGGAUCAAACGUCAAUAUAAUAUUGACGGCGUAUACGGGACACUAGCUGAACUUUUCGAAGUGAAUGACAGAUAUCGCACUGCUGUCGAAGUUACAGCUGGACAGAGUCUAUUCCAUUACGUGGUUGACACGGAUGAAACCGCUACCAAGGUUCUGGAAAUUUUGCAGAAAGAGAAGGCCGGAAGGGUUACCUUCAUGCCUUUGAAUCGCCUGAGAAGCAAGCCUGUCAAUAUGCCCAGAGCCAGCGACACAAUACCUAUGGUCGAGAAGCUCCAAUAUGACCCUGCAUAUGAAAAGGCUUUUAUGCACGUGUUUGGAAAAACAAUCAUUUGCCCGAACUUGCAGGUUGCCUCUCAGUACGCACGCAGUCAUGGCGUUAAUGCCAUUACGCCCGACGGUGACAGAUCAGACAAACGAGGUGCCCUAACAGGAGGUUUCCACGAUGCUCGCCAAUCACGCCUUGACGCAGUUAAGAAAUUAGCUAAAUGGCGCGACGAAUUCGAAUCUAAGAAAGCCCGUGGAGUGGAGAUUCGGAGAGAGCUAGAGCAGCUUGAUCAAGUCAUCACUAAGGCCGUAGGAGAGCUUCAGAAACUCGAACAGCAGAGGCACCAAGUGCAAAAUAGCAAUGGACCACUGCGACAGGAGCUAAGAAGCAAGCGUGAAUUACUUAUGAAGAGGAACGACGAUCUUGAAGCUAAGCGGCGUGCUCUCCGAAAAAUUGAGGCAAACUUGGCGUCUCUGGGCGAUCAGGUCAGCGCUUUUGAGGCCGAGCUGUCCUCCCCAUUCCGGAAGUCGCUAAGUGGUGAGGAGGAAGCUCGCCUUGAGACCCUUUGCACUACCGUCCAAGAGUUACGGAAACAGUACCAUGACCUCUCCAGCAGGCGUAGCGAGCUGGAGGCGCGCAAGUCUGUUCUGGAGGUCGAACUUCGAGAGAACCUGUGUCCCCAUCUUGAUCAACUUCUUGGCCAAGAUGUUGAUGGGGAUGAGGAUUCGUCUCAAGGAAAUCUCAAGGAUACUGAGCGAGAGCUUAAACGCCUUGGCAAGGCGUUGGACAAACUGAGCGACCGCGUCCGGCAAGUUGACGAAUCUAUCGAGCAGGCGAACAGCAGAGUGGCCGAACUAGAUCAACGAAAGUCGGAUAUGCGCCGGGAGUUAGAGGACCUGGCCAGGUCCAUUGAGAAACACCAACGCCGUAUGGAGAAGAGUAUGCAGAAGAAGGCUGCUCUAACAAAGCAGGCGGCUGAAUGUGCAGCCAACAUCCGCGACUUGGGAGUGCUCCCGGACGAGGCCUUCACCAAAUACAAGAACACAGACUCCAACACGGUAGUAAAGAAACUACACAAAGUGAACGAAGGGUUGAAGAAAUACUCCCAUGUCAACAAGAAGGCGUUUGAGCAAUACAACAGCUUCACGAAACAACGUGAGACGCUGAUCACCCGACGAGAGGAGCUAGACGCAUCCCAGAAGUCCAUCGACGACCUCAUUAUGGUUCUUGAUCAGAGAAAAGACGAGGCUAUCGAGCGUACCUUCAAGCAAGUAUCGCGCGAGUUUGCCAACGUUUUCGAGAAACUUGUUCCCGCUGGCCGUGGACGCUUGAUCAUUCAACGGAAAACAGACCGUGCUCCUCGGCCCGAUGAAGAGGUCGACUCGGACGAUGAGACUCGUCAAAGCGUCGAGAACUACAUUGGAGUAAGCAUCAGUGUCAGCUUCAACAGUAAGCAUGAUGAGCAACAACGGAUCCAGCAACUCAGCGGAGGCCAGAAGAGUCUUUGUGCCCUUGCCCUCGUAUUCGCCAUCCAGGCCUGCGACCCCGCUCCAUUCUACCUUUUCGACGAAAUCGACGCCAACCUUGACGCCCAGUACCGGACGGCGGUGGCUCAAAUGCUGAAGUCGAUCUCGGACUCGACGAACGGGCAGUUUAUCUGCACCACCUUCCGGCCGGAGAUGUUGCAUGUGGCCGAGAAAUGCUAUGGUGUCAGCUUUCGACACAAGGCCAGCUCCGUUAAUGUUGUGUCGAGGGAAGAGGCACUGAAGUUUGUCGAGGAGCAGAAGACUUGAUUAGAGGUUCUGCAGAGAACGUGGGGGAUUGUCAAGUAUGUUCUGCUUGGGUCGUUUAAAUGAGAUGGGGUAACGGGCGUAUUCUUCGUGGAUCUUUCUUAUCAGCUUGAUUUCCAGUUGAUUACCCUUUUGCUUUUGUACUUAUGGAGUCUAUCAUAAUCUAACGAAUUUCUUUGGCC